CAAACAGCCUCCUUUCGUUCCAUUUUCUUACACUGUUUCUUCCUUCCUCCUCUGAUUCCUGCGAGGGCUUCAGCAGUUCCCUACCCGUACGGAGGCCUCAGCCCUAGCUCGAACCUGCCUUCCACCAUGGAGAUGCAGAGCGAUUUCGAUCGCCUCCUCUUCUUCGAGCACGCCCGCAAGACGGCGGAAGCCACCUACCAAAUGAACCCUCAGGACGCCGACAACCUGACUCGGUGGGGAGGAGCUCUGCUGGAGCUGUCUCAGUUUCAGAACGUUUCCGACUCUAAGAAGAUGAUUGAAGAUGCUAUUACGAGGCUGGAGGAAGCAUUGUCCUUAAACCCUAACAAACAUGACGCUCUAUGGUGUCUCGGAAAUGCUCAUACUUCUCAUGCCUUUUUGACUUCUGAUCAAGAGGAGGCCAAGGUUUACUUUGACAAGGCAGCUGGUUACUUCCAGCAAGCCGUUUCCGAGGAUCCAAAUAAUGAGCUUUAUACCAAAUCUUUGGAAGUGGCUGCAAAGGCCCCGCAGCUACACAAGGAAAUCCACCAACAGGCUGCUGCUGCUGCAGCUUCUGAGCCUUCAACUUCUUCUCGCACAAAGACAACUAAGAAGAAGCAGAAAAGCACUGAUCUUAAGUAUGAUAUCCUCGGAUGGGUGAUCCUCGCAGUUGGUGUUGUUGCGUGGGUUGGCUUUGCAAAAUCUCACAUGCCGCCGCCGCCGCCUCCUCCUCCAAGAUAAGUCCCAGAUACCCAGCAGGCGUGGAGAUUGAGCAUCCUUUAGAGGCUUCUCGGGUGCUUCGGAGAAGAUAGAAGAGGGGUUUCCUUGUGUCGUAAUGCUUUCAUUUCUAGACCUAUCGAUAAGUUUUGAAUGUCCUGCUAUAGAUUGAUUAUGCUAAGGUAUAAUCUCAACGGGUUAUGGUGUACUUUCCUGGGCACAUUGCCAUUGCCUCACGAAAGCCGAACAUGUUAGUUGAUACCUUUUGCUUGGAUUGUGGUUAGUAUGCUUCGUAGAAAUGCAGUCUGAUUCGUACUUUUUUAAAGAUUGAAAUCUUGGUUGGUUGCCUUUUUUUUGAAACAUUUUAUCGAGUCCCCAUUCCAUAGA